AUGGUAAAUGUGUUUUUAAGGCAUGAAUCAAAAAUACUGUCAGAAUUCUUAAUGGUAGUACCCACCUCACCAAAUCUUCCAAAUAUGCUUUUUGCCAAGACAAUUCCUGUUGAGAGUGCACUGAAUAGUCUCAUUUUGAAUAUUUCAAUAAAAAAACCAACAUUGUUAGUUGGAGAAACGGGUGCAGGCAAGACUGCAUUAGUUCAGUAUCUGUGUUCAAACUCAGAGCAUUUCUUUGGAUACAAAGUAUCAUUGAAGAUUAUUAAUAUGUCUAUGGAUUUUGAUGGGUUUGAUUUGAUAGGUGGGUAUCAUUCAAUUGAUUUGGAUCAAAAAAUCAAAGAAAUGUACACAAAAAUCCAAUUGGAGAUUCCAAGAUCAUUAAAUAGACGAAAUAUUCUCGAACAGUUAUUGCUGAAAUUGACAACGGGUUUGAGUAGCAAAUUUGAUAUUGACACUAAUAUUAGUAAUACUACAACUAGUAACUGCAUUCAAUCUAUGAUCAAUGAGGUGAAGCUUUAUUUAAGUAUCUUGGAUAAAAAACUACCUUUUUAUUUCAGAGAUGGGGCAUUAACUCAAGCUAUGAAGAAUGGUACUUGGGUAUUGCUUGAUGAAAUCAACCUGAGUUCUGAUGAAACCCUUAAUCUUAUUGAAGCCAUCCUAUCAAAGGAUGAAAUGAUUCUUUACGAAAGUGGCGACUUUACUCCAAUCAAGAUCCAUCCUAAUUUCAUGAUAUUUGCUUGCAUGAAUCCUCACGGUGAUUUUGGAAAGAAGAAAUAUGACAGUUCUGUCUUCAGCAAAAUAGUAUUUUAUGAUUUUAGCUUUAGUCUAAAAGUGCAUUAA